GCAGGGCACGUGAGAGGCAAAACGUCUUCUUCUCUUUUAACAAUCUCAUUAAUCAUUACCGCUGCUGAUUUCAGUUUUGGCUCCCCAUAACAGAUUUUCCUCUCCUCUCCUCUCCUCUCCUCUCUCCUCCCACGCACACACUCGGACACACACUCUCUCUCUCUCUAGUUGCUCUCAUCACCAUUCUCUGUGUGAAGCUCACGUACGUGAAAGGGGAGCACCUUUCCUCUCUGCAGCAGCAGAUUGUGUCUCCCCUCCCUCUCUGAAGCAGGUUCGAUAUCACCUUCCUUUGCAUUUCUUCUCCGACAAUCGAUCAUCAUCAACGCCGUUCCCUGGACUUGGAGAUCUCAGCAACUCGUCAAUGUGCUGGUUCUGUGCUUAAGGUUCCACCCUUGAAAGUUCAAGUUCAUCCUUUCCCCCCGGUCAAGAAAUGCAUAUGUACUUGAAGGAGCAAAUCAGCGGAGGGGACCGAUCAGACGACGCGCAAUCGGGCCGACAACAGAUAGUACUGUCCCCUCCUCCCCCUCCUUCUCCUCCUCCUCAGCUUUCUUCUUCUUCAGCGGAGAUGGAGAUGCAAGUGGGUUCCUUCUAUGAGAUCAACCAUGCAUUGCUCGCAGUCACUAAGCACCCAGAGCAGCUCAAGCUUAUUCGUGUCGUCAUGGUGAGCGAAAAGACAAAGGUUAGCGUAUCUUUGAGAUUUCCGAGCAUUUACUCUCUGCGGAUGCACUUCAACAACUCCAACACCAACAGGACUCGAGAGGGCACAAAGAAGCUUCCACCACUUGAUGAGAAGUAUGUGAUUAGCUCAGAUGUUGCGGCGCAGCUGCUCCUGAAGCGAGUUUCUGCUACUGAGUUGACGGAGAAGAAAGACUCAUGGAGCUUCUGGACAAUGACGUCCUCGAGCUGUUCUAGCCCUACUGUUUCAACAAGUACGGCUACUUCCCCCCCUCCACCACCCCUUGCCCCUGGGCUUGCUAAAAAGGGCACGUGCUGGUCUCAGCUUAAGUGCAGCGGGAUGGUACGAUGGGGUAAGCGGAGACAGGUUCGCUUCCUGAGUCUGCAAGACAAGACUAGCUACAGCCUCAAUCUGCAGUCGCAAAGUGGCGGAGGUGGUGAUGAGGAAAAAGAGAAAGAUGGUGGAGAGAGAUGGAAGGAAGUGGAGGCGGACAAUCUAGAUAAGAGGGAAGCAAGUGACAAGAACAUGGCAGCGUACGAAAUAGGUGAAGGACUGAAACAAGAAGGUGAGGAGGAGCACGAAGCAGAUGAUGAAACUGAAGAUCAAGAGGAAGAAACCAAGGAACGGAAAAAAGCAGAGAGGACUCCAACACAAUGGUCACGUGGGAACGAUGCUAGGAGAAGGAGCAGCCGCAAGAGGAAGGCUUCUGCAACUAGCAGGAGCCUUAAAGUCAAAAGAGCAAAACCUGACAAUGCAAAGAGUAAGACACAAGUUGUUGGCUGCGCUCCAAAGAACAAGGGAAAGACGAACAAAACCUCCACGGAAAGAUGGUCUGCUGAGAGGUACAAGUUGGCGGAGCAAAACAUGCUGAAGAUACUGAAAGAAAAGGGGGCCGUGUAUGGGAAUCCAAUCUUGAGGCCUGCCCUGAGACUGGAGGCUCGGAAGUUGAUAGGGGACACGGGUCUGUUGGACCAUCUGCUCAAACACAUGGCUGGAAAGGUAGCCCCUGGAGGGACUGAAAGGUUCAGGCGGCGGCACAAUGCAGACGGGGCAAUGGAGUAUUGGUUAGAGAGCUCAGAUUUGGUGAAUAUUAGGAAAGAGGCAGGGGUUCAGGACCCUUACUGGACCCCGCCACCGGGAUGGAAACUGGGUGAUAGCCCCUCACAGGAUCCUGUGUGUGCUAGGGAGAUCAAGUUCCUCAGGGAGGAAAUUGCCAAGUUAAAGGGAGAAAUGCAAGAGCUGAUAUCCAAGAAACAAGAAGAAAUUCUCACCCCUGUGACCAUUAAGCCCACUGAUCAGGAGAGAAUUGGUCUUCCACCGAAGGAAAUGUACACCGAAUUGAUAAGAAAGAAGUCUGCGAUGGAGGAACAACUAAAGGAGAUUUCAAGAUACCUUAGCAUGAUGAAGUUAAUGCAGGAAGACAUGGAAAGCUUAAAAUCGACGGUGGGGGAAACAAGGGUGAGUGAGUUGGAAGAACCAAUUACUCCAGUAGGCACUGAAGCAGGAGGAGGAGAGAGAAUGAAGGUUGGGGAAGAAAAGGAUAAAGUAGCAGACGAUGUGGUGGCAGCAAUGGUACCAAUGGAAGAAGACGAAGUGGAGGAGAACAUGAAAAGGACAAGAACAGCAGCAGAGGACAAGGCAGCAAAGAUACAGAGACUGAAGAGUGGAUUCAGGAUUUGCAAGCCACAGGGCACAUUUCUCUGGCCAAGCAUGGCCAUGUCCUCUCUGUCCCCUCACUAUGCAGUGGAAGACCUCCUUGUGGUCCCAACACCACCUUCAGCCCCCUCAUCUCCUCCCAGCCACCAUCAACUUCAACCAUCGAAUGGGUUGGUGGGAGCGGCACAGCCUACUUCCCCAGUUAAGCCACUGGCAGAGAAACGCAUGUUGUCUGUGGCUGCAGCCACUCCCGAAAUGGCACAGAGUCCAACCGAGACACCCAAGGCCACCACCCCAACCCCUUCAAGGAACCCUGCUUUCGUCGCUAUGGGAUCAUUUUCACCGGCAAAAAAGCCUUCAGCCUCUCCUCUGGUCCAGCAGGAGCACAGCGAGGGCACCAAUGAUACUGCUAAUGCUACUCCAGUCAUCAACCUAAAUGAGCUUCCCAGCGGAACCAACUACACCAUUUCCCGUACCUACAAAAGACGACAUCACAUUCCCACCACUGCUACUUCCUCAGCUGCCAUCUCCAGACUGGAUACAGGAGCCGGGGUGGGGCAGAAGAAGCGGCAGCAAAAGGGAAGCUGUUCGUCUCCCUCGCCCAAUUCAUCACCGUGCGUGUCCGCUGGUGCAGGCCCCUCCUGGCUGGUUCUGGCUACUCCCCAUGCUUGCUCCUCCUUGGACAGCCCUUCCAACUGCUGAUAUAAGUUGACGAGUUCUUAUCUAACAUUUUGAAGGUCUAAGGGUCGUGUUCCUGUCAAAAAGGCACGCUCUUCCUUGUACGCAUACCCGAAGUUCGAUCCAGUGAUAGUUCGAUCAUAUGUCCGUGCUAAGAACACUAAUAGCUAGCCUUUGGGUGGUGGUCGAAGAAGGUUAUUAUUAGGAAUAUAUCAUCUUCUUAGGAAAGAGUUACUAAGGUUGUAUGAACGAAUGACUCAGAUCCAUCCGUCUGGCCCUGCAAAAACUACUCCAUUUAUCAGGUGGAUGGAUGUUUUGUACACGAGAGAAUACGAAUUGAAACCGUCGAUGAGUUAUAUUAGGAAUUUAGGAUUCGUCCACGAGAUUUUUAUAGGCUGAGCAGCAGAUGGCCUGUUGAUGGGCCCAAUAUUAACACCGAACAGGCCCAGUCAGAUGGACUUGAUUUGGGACUUGAAUUUUCGUCGCGAGCUGGUCAACAUGCUCGAUAUGUACACUUGCAGAUUGUCAAGGAUGAAUUGAUUGGAGGCCAGACUGCACAACACGAGCGACCGAUCCAUCAGGUUAUUUCGCGAGGCAUCCUUGCACAUAUGUGACUUACAUCGCGUUGAAGUCCGAUACAUCUACGAGGCAUCCUUUUUUUUGUCCAUAUACAAAACGCAGGGGUGAGCGAGUCUGGAUACCCCCGCUUUUUUUAAUGAUACUUGGACCCUACCUUGUAAAAGAACGAUUCCAAAUUUUAGAAUCAAAACCUAUCUGAAACCUGUAUUAUAUUACAAGUUUCGAGCACCCUAUUGAAACCUAUAAAUUAAUUCUCUUCAAAACUGAUUUUUUUUU